AUGCUCCCCCCAUCCCUCAACAUCCCCAAAUGGCUCGAAGCCAACUCCCACCUCCUCCAACCCCCCGUCAACAACUACUGCGUCUACCACCCUUCAAACUCCGCCGGUUACACCGUCAUGAUCGUCGGUGGCCCCAACGCCCGAACAGACUACCACAUCAACUCCACGCCCGAAUUCUUCUACCAAUACCGAGGAUCUAUGCUGCUCAAAACCGUCGACACAGCCACCUCACCACCUACAUUCGUUGACGUGCCCAUCCACGAAGGAUCACUGUUUUUGUUGCCGGCGAAUACACCUCAUUGUCCAGUCCGAUUCAAGGAUACGAUUGGUGUGGUGCUGGAACAGCCGCGAGCGGAGGGGGCGGAGGAUGCGAUGAGGUGGUAUUGCAUGAGUGAGGAGUGUAAAGGGAAGGGAACGAUUGUGUUUGAGAAGAGGUUUGUGUGUACGGAUCUGGGGACGCAGGUGAAAGAAGUUGUGGAGGAGUUUGGCGCGGAUGAGAAGAAGAGGACUUGUGAGAAAUGUGGUGCCGUGGCUGCGGUGAGGUAUGGGGAGGGUCAGGUUGUGCAGCCGUCGAGGUUUCCGGAGUGA